AAGAAAGAAAUUUUCAACUCAAUUCUCACUCUCCCUCUCUUCUCCAAGCUCCGACUCAAAGCUCCCAGACUCCCCGGACGAAAAAUAAAAAAAUAAAAAAAUAAAAAUAAAAAAACGAUGAGAGGCAGCAACUCAGUGAUCGGAGCAGUGAACUUCAUCACCUUCCUCAUCUCAAUCCCCAUCCUCGGCGGCGGGAUCUGGUUGAGCUCUCGCGCCAACAACACAGACUGCCUCAAGUUCCUCCAAUGGCCUAUCAUCGUCAUCGGGGUCACAAUCAUGGUCAUCUCCUUUAUGGGUUUCGCCGGCGCCUGCUACCGCCAAACCUGGCUCCUUCGGCUCUACCUCUUCGCCAUGUUCUUCGUCGUCAUCGCCCUCAUCGUCUUCAUCGUCUUCGCCUUCGCCGUAACUGAUCGCGGCCAUGGACAGGUUAUCAUAAACAGGGCCUUUCUGGAGUACCAGCUCUCGGAUUACUCGGGCUGGUUGAAGAAUCGGGUGUCGGAUCCUGGGUAUUGGGCGAAGAUUAGUUCUUGUUUGAGGGAUGCCAAGGCUUGUCGAGGGAUGAGGAGGUUUGGGCGAGAUCGGGCGACUGGGAUUUUGGUGCCGGAGUCUGCUGACAUGUUCUAUCAGAGGGAGCUCUCUCCGAUUGAGUCUGGCUGUUGCAAGCCACCAACAUCUUGUGGCUACACCUACAUCAAUGAAACUCUAUGGAAUCCAACCGGUGGGGCUAUGGUGGUCAAUGAUAUCGACUGCACCCGAUGGAGCAAUGACCAGCAACAACUCUGCUUCGAUUGCGACUCUUGCAAGGCUGGAGUCCUAGCAAGCGUCAGACACAGUUGGAGAAAAGUUUCUAUUAUUAACAUCGUCGUUCUUAUAAUCCUCGUCAUCGUUUAUGUUGUUGGAUGUGCUGCUUUUAGAAACAAUAGAAGGAUGGAUAAUGAUGAGCCCUAUGGAGAGAGCCGAAUGACUAAGGCUAGACCGAGCAGGUUUCAGUUUUAGAUCGGUGAAUUUGUUCGGUUUUUGAUGUACAAAGAACCAAAGACUGGGGGUAAGUUUAUUGACGAUCGUUUGGUUAGAAGAGGGAAGAAGCUUCUACGUAUCACCAUCAUAUAUCAGUUUGGAUUAGUUUGUUGUUUGUGGUGUUUUUUUUAGCAGGUGGGAUAAUUGGGUAUCAACAACUGUUUGCUAUUUGUUGUAAUGUUCAGACAACUGCAUUUGAUGUUAGCUUAAAUUGUAUUUGUAGUUGGAAACAUUUUGUACAACAAUUAUAUCUAGGCGUUUGUAACUUUGUAUAACUAAAAGUUUACGCUAUAAACUUGCAUCUCCACCAUUA